AGUGGCACCUGCGUCAUUGCGACUGCCCCACUGCUUAUAAUUAUUAAUUUUGUUUUUCCUCUUCCUCUUGCGGAUCGCCGUCAGAAUUCGUACUCUCAGCGAACGGGAGAAGCGACACUAUACCACUUCUGCUCUGAUACCCCCACCUCGGAGGAAAGCAAAGAUCGGAGGAGCAACCCGCACACACUUUCUCUCUAUCUCUCUAUCCGACUCAGACUCUUCCUCCUCUUGGUUUUCUUGUUUGUUGGUUGGCCGAUUUCCCGCCGCUUUACUGUGGCAACUUCACUCCCCGACGUGCGCCACCCUUCCCACUAUUGUCUCUCUUUCUUAGUUGUUUCCAUCUACGUCUGCGCGUGUGCAAAGUAUCUCCUCCCCCUCGCAUCUCCUCCCUCUCACGUUCUUCUUUUGUUUUUGAAGCUCUUCCGUGUUUGCGUUUACGAUGGGGUCAAAGCGUAGCGCCGUCGUCGCGGCAAUCACCAUCGCGGCUCUGCUGUGCAUCAGCGAGGUGCGCGGCUUCGCCUACGUGCCCAUCACAUCCGUCUUCUACGCCGGCAAAUCCACCGGGACGAACGCGGGCGACGAGCGCAUGUGCCUCUCCAAGGGCGGCUACCUCGCCACGGAGGCCACCGCGGUGCUGCACAACGCCGACAUCGCCGCCAUGCAAAACGCCAUCGGCACCGCGACGGAGUUCUACGCGUACCUUGGUGGCGGCAUCAACCUGUUCCGCAGCAAACAAGGCGGCGUGCCCGGAUUCUGUCCGUGGGCCUGGGCAGAUCCGGAGACACCGAGCUACAUACUCAAUCCGCAUACCGGCGACUUGCGAGACUGCCUUUACCGCUGGAGAGCGGGUCGUUGGCGGAUGAUGACGUCCGACGAGGGCGAGAUCGCUGAUGAGGCGCACUCGGGCGUGUCGUUCUACAAGGGCCGGAACAACUACCAGGGUGCGCUUUCUGGAUUCCCAACGUGGUGGUACAACGCCAAUGUUUUCGUUAUACGUCCUGGCGUGAUUGGCGGUCGCUACGUCGUUCUCUUCCAGAACGGAGAAACCACCUCCGCCAACCUGACCCCGAUGUGGACGGACAACUUCGGCCUCGGUGGCUACACGUACGCUGGAGGGAGUGUCUUCGAGUCCGACGCUGUCUUGGGGAAGCUGCCAUUUUUCCAAACGAUAUGCCAGGGACAGGGUCCCUUCCGCCUCAACUACGAGGACCCGAGGGCCUCCACCCCGCAGAAGAGCGAUCUGCAGUACGUGUGGUGGGUCAUCUUCUUUGUGAUCCUCUUUGUGCUGUGCCUCAUCGCCUUCUUGAUCAUCGCGUGCUGCCAGGAGCGCGAGGACAUGGAUGAGCCGCCGGAGGACGCCCCGGAAUGGGCGGAGAAGGAGACGGAGGCGCGCGAUGUGUCGAAGCGCUACGUCAGCCAGCGCUCCUUCCGCGUGGAUGAGCGCGGCGGCGAGGACGACAGCAGCAGUCGGCACUCUGCCAGCAACAGCGGUAGCAGCGGUAACCGCAGUACCCGCAAAAAUGACGUCUACGAGGAUGAGGUGUCGUAUUAA